AAAAAAAGAGAAAGAUGUUAUCCUGGCCAUUCAAACACCGAGGCGGAGCCAGGGACGGCGGCCGACCGGGAGCUUCCUAGUCUGGGGAGGAGCCCUACGCGAGGCCGAGGCUUGGAAUCCUUGCGAAGGCCUCCGGCGGAGCCGUCGCUGAUAAAUGUCUGCUGGCGAUCAUUAGCACGUUUACAUCAUACAUGAUCACAUCCAUCCUCCUCUCCAUUACUUUAUUGGUACUUUGCAUGCGGCAUUUUAUGACAGCAGACAUAAACAAAUGCCAGAAAAGGUACAAUUGGAACAGCCUGCGUUUUGGCGCAUCUAAAUUCAUCAUGUUUGCGGCAAAAUAGUCAAGAAGUGCGAUUUGGGCAAACCUCGUCCAGCGGUUACCGAAUAUUAUUACAAUUGAUCAUUUCUUGAGUCAUUUAGCUGCGACUGAGCGAGCUGUUUAUCGGUUCCUUUCCCGGCUGAGGAAGCCUCCGGGCGGCCUGCCGGCUGCUUGCUGGCCGCUUGCAGCAUGGACACUUCGUGGAGCAAUUUCCUCUUUCAGACGCCGGCGACUCCAGGCCAACAGGAGGCGCCUCUGCAGGCGGAGCUCCUGCCCGAUCUGAGCGGCUCGGCCGAAAGUCCCUUGGGCGAGCACCUGGUGACGCCGCCGUCCACCGUGGACACCGCCGCCCUCAGCGAGGAGCCGCUUCCUGUGAAAGCGUUGCCGCCCAAAGGGCCGCGCCCCGCCCACAUCUGCGCGACAUGCAACAAGGAGUUCAAGAAUAGCUACAACCUGCGGCGCCACCAGUCGGUGCACACGGGCAUCAAGAUGAAGGACCGUGCUGCCCGUGAGAAGGAGGAGGGUGGCGGCAAGGCACUCCCCAAACAGAGCAUCCCCCUCUCCCUCCUUCAGCUCGCCCUGCCGCCACAGCAGCAGCCGCCGGAGACCGCGUCCCCUGACGCCCUCGACGCCCUUCCCCAGCCUGGCCAGCAGGUGUCAGUGUCCAUCGCCCCGGUGACCAUCACCAUGGCGAUGCCGGCCACGCAGCCCGUCCAGUCGUCGACGAUGGUGGUGGUGAGCGCCGUGGAGCAGAAUCCCAGCCCUGCCGCUGCCGCCCCUCCCAACCCCGGCGGCGCCAACCAGCAGGUGCGCAAAAACCACGCGUGCGAGGCAUGCGGGAAGGCCUUCCGCGACGUCUACCAUCUGAACCGCCACCGGCUGUCGCACUCGGACGAGAAGCCCUACUCGUGUCCCGUCUGUCAGCAGCGCUUCAAGAGGAAAGACCGCAUGAGCUACCACGUGCGCUCGCACCAGGGUGGUGUCGAGAAGCCCUACGUGUGCCCGCAUUGCGCCAAGGCUUUCUCACGCCCGGACCACCUCAAUAGUCACGUGCGUCAGGUGCAUUCCACUGAGAGACCCUUCAAGUGCACGACGUGCACGUCAGCGUUCGCCACGCGGGACCGCCUGCGAGCGCACCUGAUCCGCCACGAGGAGAAGGUGCCAUGUCACAUCUGCGGGAAACUUCUCUCGGCGGCGUACAUCACGGACCACAUGCGGGUGCACAACCAAUCGCAGCACCACGCGUGCCACCUCUGCAACCGCAGCUUCACCACGCUGACAUACUUGCGGGUCCAUGCGCAAAAGCACCACGGCCAGGAGUGGAAGGAGAGCGGUGGCGCCCGUGGCGGCUUCGGUGGGGCGGGGCCUGGCGGGGUGCUCCUGUGCCAGCUGUGCGGUGUGCAGUGCAAGACCACCACCCAGCUGCAGGGCCACAUGGGUACGCACGCCAACCAGGCGGAGCCCGACCCUGGAGGCGUCGGCCCCGUGGGCGAAGCCCCGCCCGGCGUGGCCGUCGCCGUGUCCGGGGGAGGGGGUGGCAGCAGCACGGUGGGGCUGCUGGUGACUGACUGCUCCAGCAUCACCGCGCAGGCGCACAGCUAGCACGAGCAGGGCGGCAGGGGGGAGGCGGGGUCAGCGUGUGGGGAACUCUUGAUGACAUCAUGAUGACACCAUGAUACUGACAUCAUUAGAAACUGUUCGCUAUUUGGGGUCCAAGUGGGAUGAGGCUGAGACCACUGUGGCUACGUACAGUGGGUACGGAAAGUUUUCAGACCCCCUUAAAUCUUUCACUCUUUGUUAUAUUGCAGCCAUUUGUUAAAAUCAUUUGUUCAUUUUUUUCAUCAUGAAUGUACACAUAGCACCCCAUAUUGACAGAAAAAAACGGAAUUGUUGAAACUUUUGCCUGAAUUUAUUAAAAAAGACAAACUGAAAUAUCACACAGCCAGAAGUAUUCAGACCCUUUGCUGUGACACUCGUAUAUUGAACUCGGUUGCUGUCCAUUUCUUCUGAUCAUCCUAGAGAUGGUUCGACACCUUCAUUGGAGUCCAGCUGUGUUUGAUUAUGCUGAUUGGACUUCAUUAGGAAAGCCACACCCCUGUCUAUAUGAGACCUUACACCUCACAGUGCAUGUCAGAGCAAAUGAGAAUCAUGAGGUCAAAGGAACUGCCUGAAGAGCUCAGAGACAGAAUUGUGGCAAGGCACAGAUCUGGCCAAGGUUACAAAAAAAACAAAACGUUCUGCUGCACUUAAGGUUCCUAAGAGCACAGUGGCCUCCAUAAUCCCUAAAUGGAAGACGUUUGGGAUGACCAGAACUCUUCCAAGAGCUGGCCGUCCGGCCAAUCAGAACCAUCGGGGGAGAAGAGCCUUGGUGAGAAAGGUAAAGAAGAACCCAAAGAUCACUGUGGCUGAGAUACAGAGUUACAGUCGGGAGGUGGGAGAAAGUUCUCGAAAGGUCAACCAUCACUGCAGCCCUCCACCAGUCGGGGCUUUAUGGCACAGUGGCCCGACGGAAGCCUCUCCUCAGUGCAAGACUCAUGAAAGGCCGCAUGCAGUUUGCUAAGAAACACCUGAAGGACUCCAAGAUGGUGAGAAAUAAGAUUCUCUGGUCUGAUGGGACCAAGAUAGAAAUUGUUGGCCUUAAUUCUAAGUGGUAUGUGUGGAGAAAACCAGGCACUGCUCAUCACCUGUCCACUACAGUCCCAACAGUGAAGCGUGGUGGUGGCAGCAUCAUGCUGUGGGGGUGGUUUUCAGCUGCAGGGACAGGACGACCGGUUGCAAUCGAAGGAAAGAUGACUGCGGCCAAGUACGGGGAUAUCCUGGACUAAAACCUUCUCCAGAGUGCUCAGGACCUCAGACUGGGCCGAAGGUUCACCUUCAAAAAAGACAAUGACCCUAAGCACACAGCUAAAAUACCGAAGGAGUGGCUUCAGAAGAACUCCGUGUUUUUGAAUGGCCCAGCCAGAGCGCUGACUUAAACCCAAUUGAGCAUCUCUGAAAAGACCUGAAAAUGGUUGCCCACCAAUGUUCACCAUCACACCUGACAGAACUGGAGAGGAUGUGCAAGGAGGAAUGGGAGAUGAUCCCCAAAUCCAGGUGUGAAAAACUUGUUGCAGCAUUCCCAAAAAGACUCGUGGCUGUAUUAGCUCAAAAGGGUGCUUUGACUAAAUACUGAGCAAAGGGUCUGAAUACUUUUGGCUGUGUGAUAUUUCAGUUUUUCUUUUUGGAUAAAUCUGCAAAAAUUUCCACAAUUCCCUUUUUUUUUUCCCCCAUCAGUAUGGGGUGCUGUGUGUACAAUAAUGAGGGAAAAAGGAACUUCAAUGAUUUUAGCACAUGGCUGCAAUAUAACAAAG